CCCUCCCUGACAGUUAAAAGAACAAGGCAGGCGGUCGGGUUCUCUCAGAAAAAAACAAGGAGAUUCGAACAGAGCUGUCUGAAAGUUAUCUGGGAGCUGGAGUCUUCGGGCCUCUGGUGACAGUGGAUGAGAAAGCCUACUGCUCGGGAAAACACGGGAAACGUACACUUCCAAACAUAAAUUGAACUUCAACUGUCCGCAGGAUUAGACACCUCAAACCGCUCGGGCAGAGGUGAAGCUCUCUUGCACAAUGUCUCUUGAUGUUGUCCACUCGCUGCUGCUCUUCCUCUUUGUAUUUGGGGCGUCCCACGCCUGCCUCCAGGACCCCGCUGAAGCCUACAGGUUCACGGGAGCUGUGAGCCGCCUGACCUACCCUGCUGUUGUUGUUUUGAACGAGAAAACAACCAAAGUGAUUGAGGCAGCGUUCCAACAUGCCAGAUAUCCCAGUGUGAAGGGAGAGACGUCCCUGUUCCUUAUAGGCACACUCAUAUAUGGCCUGGAAAAUUUGGAGAUUCACAACCUGUCGAUUGGUCAGAGUACAUUUGAACUGCAUCCAGGGGAAGGGAUCUCCAUGGAAAUAACAAAUGUGUCGGCAGUCUUUAAAGGGAGAAUCCAGUAUGGAUACGGCAGCUGGCUUGUCAGCGUUGAACAUUCAAUUGACUUUGAAAUUGAAUCUCAGAUUGAUCUCGGAAUCAACCCCAAACUCUACUGUGGAGAGGGGAAGGUGGCAGCAGACACAUCGGACUGUUUUCUUAAUUUUCACAAACUCAGUCUGCAUCUGCAGGGCGACAAAGAACCCAACUGGCUGAAGAAGCUCUUCACUGACUUCAUCAUCUUCACUGUCAAACUGGUAGUAAAGGGACAGAUUUGUAAGGAGAUCAACAAGGUGGCAAAUAUACUGGCAGACUUCAUACAAGAGAGAGCAGAGCAGUUCCUCAGUGAUGGAGACAUCAGUGUGGACAUUGGUGUAGCUGCUGCCCCUGUCAUCACUGCAAACUACAUAGAGUCCUACCACAAGGGGCUUUCCAUCUACAAAAACGUUUCUGCUGUCAUUAAUGAGUCUGUGUUCCACCCCAGUCAGCUGACUGAACACAAGAUGCUCUACUUCUGGAUCUCAGACCAGAUUCUGAACCCCAUGUUUACUGCUGCACACCAUGACGCCCGAUUCCAGCUCAACAUCUCUGGAGCAGAGCUCAGUGAGCUUUUCAAGACCAAUCUCUCCAGUAUCAUGCCUGAAUAUUUCAGAAAGUGUCUGCUGGAAUCAGGCUCUCCACAGCUCAGAGUGUGGAGUUCAUCUGUUCCCUACCUCCACACCUCCACCUUGGGUACGAAUGUCCGGGGGACGGCCUCCGCUCAGCUGCACUGUGGGGGGGCGGGGGCUCCAACUCUCUCCUUCCAAGCGGAAGUGGAUAUGGACAUCACUGUUUCCUAUGCUGACAAGAAAGUGUUCCUGCAGAAUAACCGAUCGGAGAUCUACGUUCUACAGGCUGAGUUUUCCUCACAAAACCAACCGCAUCUGGAUCAGGCACAACUGGAUUUUAUCAGAGAAGCUGUGGAGAAAAUAGGAAUUCCCAAAGUCCUGUCUGUGUUUGAGACAGAGGUAACCAGGCUUCUGGACGAACAGGGAACUUACCUGUUUGACAUCUUCAGCCCGGAGGUGCUUCCUCAGGAGGGCUUCACGGUGAUUCAGAUGGAUUUUGGUUUCCCUCAUCACCUGCUGGUGGAGUUCCUCAGAAGGACACUACAGUAACUAAGCAACCCUUUGGCAAAAUUAGACAUUUUCAUGUUUGUCUCAAAGUGCUGCUCCUAUAAAAAUGUACCCUUUAAUGUGUAAGCUAUGCAAAAACAAUGAUGUUGCAUUUUUAUUUUGGCCAUAUUGUUUAGAUAAAAUGUAGAUAUUAAUGGUUAUAAUAAGAUUUCCCUGAUGUUCAUUACCAUAAAGAGUAAAUCAUUGCUAAAAAGGAAAGUACUACUGAUUUUAAUACGUUGAUUCAGUCUAAUUUUCUAUUAUUAACAAACAAAAAACAGACAUGUAUAUUACAUUUUUGUAAGUGUAGGAGCCAUGAAACGUGUUUAGUAUUGCCUCUUGUUUUAAUAUAAGAUAUUUGUUUGAGCACAAUUGAUUGGUUGGCUUGGGUCACAUGGAUAUGGGCGGCACUCAUUAUAAUCCUGUUAACCUGCGUGAGGUGUGUGUGGAAGAGAGGGUGACACAGGGCCGUUGUACUUCUUGUUGACCGCAAAUUGAAAUUAUUGUUCUGAUUAAUAUAACAAUAUACAUGUCCAAGGAGAAUAAGUU